AUGGACAUCGACAGAGACAAAGGGAUGGAGGGGAGAAAAGGAAAAGAACGGGACAAGCAGGAGAACCGUCACACUCUGGCCCAUGAGUGCCUGGGGGAGGUCUUGAGGGUCCUACGACAGGACAUCAGCACCUACCCCCUCCUCAACACUGUGGAGACCCUCACUGCUGCAGGCAAACUCAUAUCUAAGGUCAAAGGAUUUCACUAUGAAAUGUGUAAUGACACAGAAAAGAAGGACUUUGAGAAGGCCAUUGAGACCAUUGCAGUUGCUUGUAGUAGAAAUGUGUCAGAGCUGCUGAUGGGGGAGGUGGACAGCAGUACCCUACUGUCCCUGCUGCCAACAGAGAAGAGCAGGUCUAUGGAGAACCUGUACAGGGCAUCAGGUCAGGGGCUAGAGGGAGCUCAGAUGAGGGGUGACCUGCAGGACUUUGGCCGGGCCGAGGAGGUGGACAUCAUGCUGCAGCGUAGUGAAGGGGGAGUGGAUGCUCUGGCCUACGCCAAGACCAUCUCUAAAUACAUGAAGGACCUGAUGAGCUACGUGGAGAAGAGGACCUCACUGGAGGUGGAGUUUGCCAAGGGCUUACAAAGACUGUACCAGUCCAGCAAGCACAGCAUCACACACCACCACAUGCCCUUCUACUCCAUCUACUCUCUGGCUCUGGAGCAGAGCAGUGGGGUGCAGCAGGCCACCUCCACACUGCACAGCCAGACCUUCCUACAGCCUCUGACGCAGCGUAAACACAAGCAUGAGAAGAAACGCAAGGAGAUCAAGGAACAGUGGGACUGAGCCAAGAGGAAACUGCUGGAAUGUGAGUCUAACCUGCGCAAGACCAAGCAUGGCUACAUGGCUCGCUGUGAGGAGCACAACAAGGCAGCCACUAGCAGAGCAGCAGAGGAGGAGGGGGGAGGCUCCACCUCCAAGUCUCUGGGCAAGAAGUUACGAGCGGAAGAAGAGGCUCGCAACAAGGCUGAGGAGGCAGAGGCCACCUACAGGACGUGUAUAGCAGACGCCACCACCCAGCAGCAGGAGCUGGAACAUGUGAAGGUCAAUGUGCUCCGACUUCUGCAGGAGGUCAUCAAACAGAGUGACCAGACCCUGCGCUUGGCUACCAUCUCGUACUACCAGAUAAUGCAUAUGCAGACAGUGGCGUUGCCGGUCCACUACCAGACUCUGUGUGAGAGCAGUAAGCUGUAUGACCCAGGACAGCAGUACGCUGCCCACGUCCGAGACCUGCAGCUCACUAAGGAACCAGAGGUCACCUACCAGUUUGAGCCCUACACCGCCACUGCAGCCUCCACACACUUCAACACAGACCAGCAGAGCACCUCUGAGGGUCAACCCAGCACCGGAGAGACCAUGACCGACGAGGACCGCAGUGCUGAAAAUGCCAGAAAGAGACAAGGCCACAAAUCGUGGGGUUCUACAGUGAGUGAUGCAGACAGUGUAGAUGGCCUGGAAUCUCCUACCACCAGUACAGGUGACAUCAGUAAAAUGGCGCGCACCUCCUCCACCGGGACCAUGUCAUCAAAUGAGGGUCCAGAUGAGAAGGACGGGAACGUGGCCUCCUUCCAAGCACAAAACAUAAAUGGCAUGGAGCCAGAGAUGGCGGUUCCAACCGGAUCUUUCCGGAACAUUGGGCUCUCCAAAGCCGCCCAGACCCACUGGCUGCGUAAACUCCGCACCCCGUCCAAGUGUCGGGAGUGCGACAGCUACGUGUACUUCCAGGGAGCAGAGUGUGAGGAGUGUUUCCUGGCAUGUCAUAAGCGGUGUUUGGAGACGUUGGCCAUCCAGUGUGGCCAUAAGAAGCUGCAGGGUAGACUCCAGCUGUUCGGCCGAGACUUCUCCCAGGUGUCCAGCGACAGCUCCAAUGACAUCACCUUCAUCAUCACUAAGUGCAUCUCCGAGAAAGAGAGACGAGCCCUGAAGAUGAAGGGUAUCUACAGAGUGAAUGGGGUGAAGACUCGUGUGGAGAAGCUAUGUCAAGCAUUUGAGAACGGCAAAGAACUAGUGGAGCUAUCGCAGUGUUCCCCCCACGACAUCAGCAAUGUCCUUAAGCUCUACCUCCCGACAGGUACACACCUUCUUCCAGAGCCCAUCAUGUUGUUUCGUCUGUACAACAGCCUGAUGGGGCUAGCCAAGGAGAGCCUGCUGACUGAGGGAGGGGAGGCCGGGACAGGGAAGGGGCCAGAGCUGGUAGAGCUGGUGGACCUGGGGCCAGCCACUGACCCAGCGAUCCUGGCUGUGGUGGAUAGACUCAGAGAGUUGCUGAGAGAACUGCCCAAGGCUAACAUAGCCACGUUGCGCUACAUCGUACGCCACCUGCGCAGGAUUGCAGAGUUAGAGCAGGACAAUAAGAUGAGUCCCAGUAACCUGGGCAUUGUGUUUGGCCCCUCUCUGAUGCGGCCCCGGCCCACUGGGGCCACAGUGUCCCUGUCCUCUCUAAUGGACUACCCCCACCAGGCCCGCAUCAUAAAGACUCUCAUAGUCUUUUACACAGCCAUCUUCCAGUCCUCCAGCCGUCACCCAUUCUCCACCCAACAGGCCUGUCUUUGGUUGUAGAGGAUGCAUGUACAUACUUUAGAUAAGCAAAAUUACAUGUUAAAGAAUAUUUCAAACAUACAAAGAAUGUGAAUGCUUUCAGUUCACCUACCCACAAUAGCUCAACUAAUACCAGAGUUGUGAAUGGUUUGAACUCAAGCUCCCUAUUUAUCUUAGGUUUUGUGUUCGUCUCCCCCUGCUGGUAUAGACUGUCGGUGCAGGUAUAGAUGACAACAGCAGUGCUGCGGUAGCUGAUGUAGAGGAACAGGAUGCCAAUGAGGAACAGAGCAGAACAGACUCUGACAAGAUGGAGGGCUGUGGUAAGAGAUGUUUAGAUGGACUUGUGAAGAAUUACCUUUGCCUUUUUGAUUUUAGUACAUCUUUAUAACUUGUAUUUAUCCAGGUGAGUCUGACCAGUGUCACUUCAUUACAUCCCUUCACCUUUUCUCCAUGCAGGCAGUUCUCCAGAAUCCCUGGGUUACAGUGAGCAAAUGGUUUGACUGACAGUUUGUGUAAACACAGCCUGUGCAAUGUGUCAACCACACUGAAAGGCUUUACGGUGUUUAAGUGUACUUCCAGUCUGGCGAUUUUGUUGGUGGAUGUUACCACAAAUCUUGGUUUUAACAUGUCAUGAAAUACUACAUGACACAUUCAUCAUGGACACUUGGUUAUAGCUGUUCUGUCAGCAUUAAUUCUAGUUAUAACAAGCUGUGAUUUAAUUUUGAAAAUAAUCUGUGCCUUACAAAUUGGCAUAGUGAUAAUCUUUCAAAAAGUAUUUACAUUGCUCUUAUGCUUGAAUAGUGAGUUAUUUAUCUAAGAUCAUUUUCCCAGGUAUUCAAAG